UUUAGGUAAACGUACGAUAUGCUUCAGUUAUGCAAUAAUGCUCAAGAAGAGCAAGAGAAAGAAGAAUGGUUUUGGAAGGAACCACUUGGAGCAUGGAUCAAAGAUUGUAUUAUUGGAUCGGAUGCGUUACUUCCUGAAGCAGCAUGGCGAACGGAAACAUAUCGCGGACGUGCUCUACGAUUUCCGGAGCUCUGCGACGGUUUCGUUUUCAGUCUUCUCUUCGUUUUCGUGGUGCCAGACACAUUAAAUUUAAUAAUAAUGCGUGAUGGCGAAAAUUUGCUCUCAGAUACAACAACCAGCUUGAAAAGACUUUCAAUAUUGCUAGAAAAUAUUCGGAAGUUUUAUCGACACUACUUCAAUCUUCCAUCUCCGGAUUUAUUAAACUGUAAAUAA